AUGCCUGCAGUGACUGCAAAUCUUCAAGGGCAAGGGUUGCGCUGCUUAGCAGUUGCAGCAGCUGCGGGGGGAGCUGAGCUUACGGGGCCGGAUUGGCAGGAGCGUUCGACGUCAGCUGACGCAGAGAGCACCCGCGGGAGAGGUAGCGCUGAGCGGGCCAUCGACGCCGCCAGUACCAGCGGGAACAGAGGGGCCGGCAGCAGUGACGGGGUAUUUAACGUCGAUUAUCGGCGUGUCGUCUCGGAGAGGCGCGCGGCAGCGCAGGGCUCCCUGGAGGGCAUCAUACACAUCCAGAACACCUUUAACAACAUCAUUCUGACCCUUACAGAUCAACAGGGCUUCAUCAAAACGUAUACUUCAGCGGGUAUCGUGGGUUUCCGGGGCGCCCGCAGGUCACAGCCCGUCGCAGCCGAACGAGCCGCGGAGGAGCUAGCGCGUCGGGCGCUCAAAUUAGGCUAUUCGACAGUUUCCAUACGACUUAAAGGUCCCGGCAACACCAAGCAAUACGCAGUGCAGUCUCUCGCGGCCGCUGGUCUCCAGAUUAUAAGCCUGGCGGACGUGACGCCGAUUCCGUACAAUGGCUGCCGCUUGCCCAAAAGGCGCCGGCGCAUACCCAACUUCCGGGACCCGUCCUGCACCUUCUCCCUGGUGCCUGAUCUACGGGCAAGCGUUGUUUCGGAGCAGGCGACUCGAAAAAAGGAUGAGAUGGUCAGCCGGAUGAGACAGCAGCAGCAAGAGCAACGGGGACCGGAGCUGGUGCCUAAGUCACAACGGCUGGAGAAGCAGAGACAGGAGGAGGAGGCCCGGGAGCGGCAGGAGCAGGUGGCGGCCGGGCGGCUGCUGCCGCUGGCUGGGGCGGUGGAUGACGAGCUGGGAGGUCGGGGUGGAGGCCGACUGAAACGCUUCGUCGACGAGGACGAGCUGGAGCUUGUGGUAGUGCUGAAAGGGCACAUGUGCCCUCCGCCUGUUCCUAUCACAUGUCUUUUCUCCUGGACUGGUUUGGGUGCGGCGUAUGGGAUGACGCUGGGGGAGAAGGAGGAGCUGUUUGGUGACGACGACGCGGACGAGGGACCCCGCUUUGGUGGCAAGGGCGGCAAGGGAGCGAAGAAGGUUGAGCAGGCUGUGGACAGACAGUUGGGCAGGCAGUUGCUGACAUGA